UUAAUCCAAUGUACCUGUAAUUGCUGUGUGCGUCUAUCCAGUGCGCAUGCGCCGUUACCACAGAAACUCAGACGCACUAUCCACGGUGAUUAGCCUCAUUUCUGAUGGAAUAACCAUAUAACAGAAAGCCUGUCCUUCGCAAAGAACGUGGCUGUAUCUCACGUAUAGAAAUUACUCCGCUUAAAGUAAGUAAGUAAGUUUUAAACAGCGUUGAAUAAGCCGCAGUGAGCUUUGGGCACCUGAGCGGCUCCGGGGCGAUGGUGAGCCUUCUCCAGCGUUACUCCACCGUCUGCGCCGACCUCCAGCUGGCCACCAGCCCGGACGUGCUGCGGGUUCUGCGUGAAAGCGGACGGUCACGCAGCGGGAUUCGGCUGCCGGGCGGCUGCGGGCGGCUCAGAGACGACGAUGUGCUCGCUUUGUGCGUGACCCUGCGCCAAGACGUGACUGUGGCAGGCCUGGACUUGCGGUACAAUAGAGUCACAGAUGAAGGAGCCCAGCACUUGGCAGACCUCCUGCAGCACAACGUAGCCAUCGAGCAUCUCGAUCUCAUGUGCAAUGACAUCGAGGCUGAAGGCGCAGAGCUGCUGGCAAAUUCUCUGCAUGGGAACAGCACUCUGCGGUCACUGAGGAUGGCAGGGAACAAGAUAGCGAGCAGGGGCUCGAUGCGUUUUGCUGCCAUGUUGCAGGUCAACUCAACGCUGCGGGCGCUGGACAUGUCGGACUGUGAUCUGGAUACGCAGAGUCUGAUUGGCUUCACCAUCGUCCUGAGUACCAACAAGAGCAUCCAGGCCGUGGACCUCAGCCGCCCGCUGCUGUUCAGCCACCAGGAGGAAACAAUGGUGCACCUUGCACGCAUGCUCCAAGUGAACCAGCACCUACAGGAGUUGCACCUGGGCCAGCAUGGCAUGACAGACUCCGGCGUGGAGAGGCUGUGCGAAGCUCUGAGGCGCAAUUCAGUCCUCCGUUACUUGGACCUCCGCUGCAAUUGUAUCACACGUGAUGGAGCAAAGUGUCUGGCAGAGAUUCUGAGGCACAACAGCACCCUGGAGAUCCUCGACUUGUCCUCGAACCGGAUAGAAGACGACGGGGCAGGGCACCUGAGCAAGGCCAUCGCACAGCACAACCGCAGCCUGCGAGCAUUGUCAGUCACCAGCAACAGCAUUGCCUCCCGGGGCCUGCUGCUCCUCACUGAGGCUAUGCAGGUCAACCCCUCCCUGUCUCACAUCUACAUCUGGGGCAACAAGCUAGAGGAGCCCCUGUGCACGGCUGUGUCUAGCCUUCUCCAGAGUGGCCGUCUGUGCCAGGAGGCCACAGAUGUUUCCCUGUAUGAGGUGGACGGCCAACAGUGCCUGGCGGAGGUUUUUCACGGCCUUAGGAGACAUUAUUACUGGACGUCCAACUUCGAUGUACAUGGAGACUCAGCCGCCAACUCCGCCCUCGUGCUGAUGGGAUGGGACACGAUGUUUUGAUAUUCUGACACCUUCAGGACUCAUUUCCAAACACUUCCACCUGCAGGCUGUCUGAAACGCUUUAGCAUGACCUCCGUAACCAGAGAAGUAUGAUGCACUCUACAAAAAAGACUCGGUGAAUCUGAAGUUUUGAUGUUAAAUUGUAACCAGCAACCAUUCAGGCAUGUCUGUAUGUUAUCCAAGAACUGUACAUGUGAAAAAAUCAGAUGAUACACUUUCCAGUUGUGAUAACUGUGUAAUAUAAUUUUCAGACAUUUUCAAUUUUGAUACCAGAUUACGUGCGUCUCAAAGAGUUUAAAGAUGUUUCAGACACAGAGA